CCGCGUUGGGUGACGUCACUGAGCCGCGCCGCGAAGACCGGCUUCCUUCGCCUUGUCGCUGUGUCAUCCUCGCCGCGCUUCCUCCUGUUCCUUCUCGUCGUAAUGGAGUACCUUCUUGGCAUCCAGGGGCCGGACUUCGUGCUGGUCGCCGCAGACACCGUGGCCGCCUCCAGCAUCGUUCACAUGAAGCGCGAUCAUGACAAGAUGUUCAAGAUGAGUGAGAAGAUCUUGCUCCUCUGUGUCGGUGAGGCUGGUGACACUGUCCAGUUUGCAGAAUACAUCCAGAAAAAUGUCCAACUCUACAAGAUGAGGAAUGGAUAUGAGCUGUCUCCAACUGCGGCUGCCAAUUUCACACGGCGGAAUCUAGCUGACUAUCUGCGGAGUAGGACUCCGUAUCACGUCAACCUCCUCUUGGCGGGUUACGAUGAGCACGAUGGGCCCACCCUCUACUACAUGGACUACCUUGCCUCCUUAGCAAAGGCCCCCUUUGCAGCCCACGGUUAUGGAGCGUUCCUCACCCUCAGCAUUCUUGACCGCUACUACAAACCAGGUAUCACCCGCGAGGAAGCCAUAGAGGUUCUCAAGAAAUGUCUGGAGGAGCUCCAGAAGCGCUUCAUCCUGAACUUGCCUUCCUUCAAUGCCCGGUUCAUCGACAAAGACGGCAUCCACGAUGUGACCAACAUCCCCCUCCUCAAAGCAGAAGCCUGAAAGCAGCAUUUCCCUCUUCCCACCUUCUUUUUGGCUUUUUGUACUUGUUGGAAAUUCAGAGCUCAGUGUAUUGCGCUUUGCAAAUACAAAUAAAAGUUGACUCUUACAGUA